UGUGUGAUGUGGAAUGUCAGUUUAUUAUGUGUUUCUGUAACGAGCGACUAAUAAUAAUGACUGGUGUGUGUUUCAGGCAGAUUUUUGAUCAUUACACCAACAUGUACCCGCAGCUGAUCGAGAAUCCCAAAACACUGCUGGCUGUCAAACGCUUCAUGGCGAAGCAGGACGACUGGUCCCGGGCUCAGGUGAAGAGUAACUCGUCUGAUCCUCUGUGGAUUCACACGGGCCUGAUCCUGGCUCAGCUGGACGGGCUGCAGGCCGGAGUCACCGACUGGGCCAAACAACACGGGAGGGCGCCUCUGUCUCAGUUUGCCUUCCAGUUCCUGAACGCGGUCGGUGAUCUGCUGGAUCUGAUCCCGGCGCUGGUUCCUCACGGGACGUCCAGCUUGAAGCGGUAUAAAGCUCCUCCGAUGGGCCACUGCUCUGCGCUCAUAAAGAUGUUGCCUGGCUUUGAGAACCUGUUGUUCGCUCACUCCAGCUGGUACACAUACGCUGCCACCAUGCGCAUCUACAAACACUGGGACUUCAGACUGAGUGAACCACACACGGCCACCGGGACUCUGUCCUUCAGCAGCUACCCUGGUUUCCUGGUGUCUCUGGAUGAUUUCUAUCUGCUGGGCAGCGGCCUGAUGAUGACUCAGACCACCAAUAACGUCUUCAACACCUCUCUGUACUCCUUCAUCUCUCCUGCCAGCCUGUUCUCCUGGCAGAGGGUUCGACUGGCACACACGCUGGCAAAGACGGGAGAGCAGUGGGCCAAAACCUUCUCCAGAUACAACUCUGGGACGUACAAUAACCAGUACAUGGUUGUGGACACGAGUAAAGUGAAUCUGGGCAGCAGUCUGGAGGACGGAGCUCUGACGGUGGUGGAGCAGAUCCCGGGGCUGGUGGAGUAUUCGGAUCAGACGCAGGCGCUGCGCAGAGGUUACUGGCCGUCCUACAAUGUGCCGUUCCACCGCAAGAUCUAUGAUCUGAGCGGAUACGAGGAGAUGUGGAAGCAGUACGGCGAGGAGUUCUCAUACGACCUUUGCCCUCGCGCUAAGAUCUUCCGCAGCGACCAGUCGUCCGUCAGCGACCUGAACUCCCUCAAACACAUCAUGAGAUACAACGAUUAUAAGAGCGACCCGUGACUUCGCAGGGCGUAC